GCCGAUUCCUACCCAAGUCGCCCUCGCGCACGGACCGGUCCCAGCGUCACCUCGCACGCUCUGUCGAAAUCGCACCCUCGGCGCAUUACCACCGAACGCGAACCGCGAGACCGCUCGUCCGACGCGCCGCGUCUACCCCGCUUCGUCGUCGAAAUAGCUUUUGUUCGAAAAACCGACGCUCUUAACUUUAACAUAGUUGUUGGUUAUCUCUUCGCUGAAGGCGGUCAUCUCAGACAUAAGGCGGCUGAAUAAUAUGUAAUAACUCGCUGAACCGUGAUCUUACAUAUUACUUCGCCUAAGCGGCAGCGACUGACCUAAGCCACCAAAACCAUGGGCAAGAAGAACUCAAAACUAAAACAAGACACGAUCGACAGGCUGACUAACGCAACAUACUUUACCGAGAAAGAAAUAAGGCUCUGGCAUAAAGGAUUCUUAAAGGACUGCCCGAAUGGUUUGCUUACUGAACAGGGCUUUAUUAAGAUCUAUAAACAGUUCUUCCCUCAAGGUGACCCGAGCAAAUUCGCUUCGCUGGUCUUUCGGGUCUUCGACGAAAAUAAUGACGGGUCUAUCGAGUUCGAAGAGUUUAUUAGAGCUCUAUCGGUGACGUCACGCGGUAAUCUAGACGAGAAAUUACAUUGGGCAUUCCGCUUAUACGAUGUUGACAACGACGGCUACAUAACAAGAGAUGAAAUGUACAACAUAGUCGACGCGAUCUAUCAGAUGGUUGGUCAAACACCACAGCCGGAAGAUGAGAACACUCCGCAGAAACGCGUCGACAAAAUCUUCGACCAGAUGGACAAGAACCACGAUGACCGUCUCACCCUCGAGGAAUUCCGCGAGGGCAGCAAGGCCGACCCGCGCAUUGUUCAGGCGCUCUCACUUGGAGGCGAUUAAUCGACGAUCAUCCUCUCGCCGGAUUUCUCAUUAUUCCCGGAAGAUUAAAAUGUCUUUACUUUAAUUUUUUACGGAAAACUUUAUUGUAUGCCUAACUUUUGUUCACUUCUCGUUUUGUUAAUGAAGUAUGUUCUAUUUUAAAUUUCUAACAAAUUUAUUUAACUCUGAGUUUGCCAAUAAAAAAAGCACAUGAGACAAUCAAUAAGAUUUCAAAAUAAAUAUUGAAUUAACCUAUUAUAUACCUACCCAUAUUUCAGAAUAUUAUAUCCAUAUGCAUUAAUUUAUGAUUUUUUUAAAAGUUGACGUAAUUGCUUGCCAAAAAUUGACGAAUAGAAUAAUUGACCAAGUAAUAGGUCGAUUAAUACAGCUGCGGCAAUGUAAAAAAUCUGAUACUAGGCACCAUGCCAAUUGGAUAACCGGUUCUUAGCUUUUCAUCUGCACGAGCCAAGAACCUUGAUAUUUUACUUUCAAAAUAUUUCAUAUUAACUUUGUAUUUUUCUUUGGCAUCAUUUAGAAAUGAAUUUGAUUAAUUUUAGUAUAAUUUGAUUCCAGAUAAAAUUUGAAAGCUGAGAUUCAAGUAUUAUGUAUUUUAUUAUAAUAAAUGUAAAUGUCACUUAAGUAAAAUUAUAUUUUUUAUAUAUUCAUGAAAAAUAUAAUACUUAACUACGCGGCUAUAACGAAAUUAUGAUAGAGAAGGUUAAUAAAUAUAUAAGCAAAGUCGUUUAGUGGUUCCGUAAUUUUCGUAUUGGCAAAUUCACUAGUCAAUCUCUAUAACUUUCCUUUUCUUUAAAUCUAUCUAAUUAAAUUUAUUCAAGCUAACGCUUUUUGAGUUAUGAGAUAAAUUCGUGCGAGAGUGUGACCGUUGGUAAAAAUACCAACGUUGAUAUUUCACAAAUCAUUCGAUUUGUUCUAAUAAACCGAUCAAGACAGGAGAGCAGCACGGUAAUCCAUUACCGCCUACUGCGUGGUAUAUAACCUACCUACACGACAAAAUAUACCAUCAUACUUAACAAGUUAACUGAAAAAAUCGUGAGCACGGAGAUAAUAUUAUGAUUCACCAACAGAUAAAAAAAUCGAAUUUUGAAAAAGAACCCAUCAAAAUCUGUACAUGACUGUGCUACAUUGAAGAAAAUUGAAUAUUUUCAUAAUUCAAUAAAUCAAAAAGCAUCCCCUUAUAAACAAUUUCAAUCAAAUAAUCACAAGCUGUAGAAUCCAUAUCACCACCAUAAUCUCCUGACAUAGGUAUUCAUCUAUAAUACGAAUAUUUUGUUAUUAAACGAUUUUCCAAAGUAAAAAUUGUUGAUUGUUGAUUAAUUAAUAGGUUUUAAAGACUUGGCCCCAUUAAAGUUAAAUUGUAUUUUGGGACGAUAUAAAUUAUAAUAAAUUAAACUUGGCGUUAUAACAAACGUUUUGGGUUUUUACAGCCCCAUAGUUAUUAAUUGAUAAAAUGUUUUAAUGAUGACGGCGUGCUUAGCAGCAAUGUUGAGUAGGACUGUGCGACACCUACUGUCAACACGAAACAAUGUUGUUAUAUAAAAUCGAAAGUCAUUAUUAAAAAGACGUAGUUUAGUAAAAUAGUACUACAAAUAAACCAAUAAAUAAUAUUAAAUAACCUUCGCAAAUCAUAGGUACAUAAAAAUAUUUAUAUUACUAAGUGUUGUUACUUCUUAUCUAUUUCUUACAAGUAACUUAAUAAUUCUUAAGCUUAUUGUGACGUGUAACGAUGCAUUUAACUUCAAAUUGUGGAGCCUUUUAAAACAUUGGAGUACUUAAUUUCCUCUACGGCUUCUACAGUAUUCUUCAUCGACGUAGGUGUAACGCUUCGAAAUGUUUUAGGUACAUUUGUGAUCCUGUUAUUAUAGUUUGUUGAUUUAUAUUAACACCUAACUUUGGUAAACUGUUUGAAAAAAAUAAAAUGUGCUAAUUUUGGUUACAAAAGGUUUGUGGAAUGUUUUGCGCGAGAAACAACUACGAAUAAGUAAAAGAGAUAUUUUUUCUGAUUUAAGACGAAGUUAAAUUCUUUAUACCUCGCCGACCAAGCUGUGAGCUAGAAACAUCUGAUAUCAGUUGGUUCCGCAUAGACAUAAAAAAUAAUAUUUCAAAAAAUCCAACUUAUUAGAAUAGUUCACAAGUCCACAUUUUUUUUCCCUAUGGCAUUUUUUAUAAUUUUUUUGUGCCUUAAAACUUUGAUGGAAAGAAUAAAAUGUAAUCCAUUUUAAAUGGUAACCGGUUUGGUAGGUAUGCUGGUUGUUUCGCGAGUCAAUUUAUCGUAUCGGCUUGUAGGAAAUAAGAUGCGUCCUUGAAAUGGGAUAGAGUAAAAAAUUAUUUGGGCUGUGUAUUUCAUAUAGAAUUAAGUAUUCGAUGGCGACGCAAUGCGACUGUUUCAUUCGGAUAUAAAAAAAAUAAUACUAAUAUUAUAUAUUAACUAUUCUUUAAACAGAGGUAUUAAUUAAAACAACCAGACUUAUUAUUUAAUAUUACCAAAUGAGAUAUUGCCAGUAAUAUAUUAUUUACUAGCAAAAAGACAAAUGUACCUAUUUUAUAAUACAAUUGAAGAAAUGAUAGUAACAAUUCAAUCAAAAAAAUGAAAAAGUUUCCGCGCCAUGCAAUUUUAAAAUGAUUAACAUAUUUAAAUAUAAAUAAAUUUGGAAAUGUUUAAAAGUAAAGUAAAUAAUCAUCAUUAAAUUGCACAAAAGUUAAAAAUAAUUUUCUAAUUAAUCGCCUUUGUAAAUCGUCGUAGAUACAAUAGAAUUUAACAAAAACUGUCGGAACUUUUGGAAACUUUACUCUUCUAUUGUUUAUUGCGGCAGCGAACUUAAUAAUUUAAAAAGGAUCUACCUAUUUAAUCAACUCUUAGAUAAGUAAGUCAACUAAUUAUGUAAUGUUAAACUUACAGAAAUUUUAGUGCUACGUUAAGGGCGGAAAACUAUACGUACGUACCGCAUAAUAUUUUUCUGGAAUCUGAAUAAUCAAGAGCACCUCAAGUUAUUCUAUAAUUACAAAGACCUUUAACUGUUACUUCUAAUGUUUCAAUACAUUGAAUAUUUUCAUGUAAAUCUAACAAUACAUAAUUAUAUUAUAUUAGUAUGAAAUAAGAUUAUCAUUGUAUACCGAUUAGGCUUCAAUGUCGUCCAAGGUGUAAGCCCUCGUUGCUGCAUAUUCACAUUUCCGCUCACACAUUCUGAUGGAUGUUUACACUAAUCAUAUUAUUAUUAGAUGUAGUUAAAUGUUAGAGUCACGUUCCAUGAUAUUAAGUCAGAACUACAUAAAUGUUUAGUAUUAUAUUAAUAAAUAAUAAUUAUAAAUUUUCUCACUUUGUCUGACAAACAUAAUCUGCUUAAAAACUCGAACAAAAGUAACACCCAUAAUUAUUUACAUAAUUUUGCACACCUCGAAUUCGAAGUGAUGUUGGAGUGCUGUAUUAUCGCCAGAAUAAAUAUCUAAUUCUCUAGCAUUAUCAGAACAACCACUUAAAUAAAACAAUAAUAUCUGCUCCAUAGAUAUCCUCUAAAUAUUAAAAUAUAUAAAUAUUAAAUGUUAAAUACGAUGGGAAGUGGUAAUACAAUAAAGAUUAAACGAGAAUACACGGUGUAUUUACAAUAUUCAAAAAAUCAUAACCUUAUAUGUUACGUAGUAACGAACUGUAUCGUUUACUUUACUGAACAAUUUAUUUUUUAUUUAUAUUAUUAAAAAAAAAAUUAAGAAAAAGCAUUGAUCUAAAGGCAAAUUAUGUUUGGACAGGACGUCAGAGAAUAGUUUUAAGAUUAGAACAAAUUAUAAUUUAUCUACUCAUUUCUCCUCCAGUUCGCUGCCUUAAACUUAAUCGUUUAAUAAUGUUAAGUAGAUCUCUGUCUCAAUGUAAAUAAUAAGUACUAUUCGCCUACUUUAAUACAUACUAUGAUAAUAUUCACUUUUAAUAUAAAUGAUUAAUAAUAAACAAAGUUGAAAUGAA